AUGUCUCCCAUUCCUCUGCCCAUCCCUACCCCCACUACUGAUACAUCCUUUACUUUAUGGCGUAUCACGGAAAAUGUCAAGUGUAUUGACACGUCUUCUCUCUUCAAUGUCCUCGACCUUUGUCUCUGGCUUCGCAAGUUCAAACUUGAGGCCGCUGCUGUCAAUGCCCCGCUGGACGCCUGCACCAAAGUCCUUCGCAAGUACAUGCCCCCUCCCAUUUGCAUGUGGCUCACCACACUACCCGACACCACUCGCUCCUCCUGGACCCUGCUGGAGCCCGUUCUUCUGGACCACUGGGCCACUCCCUCUGCCAUCAACAACCACCACACUCUAUGUCAGCUUUGCCAACUUUGUAAACUAUCUGACCAAACUAUCACCGAAUUUGCUGCUACUUGGAAACAUCUCAACUCUUUACUUUCUACUCAAUACUCUGCUGAUGAACAAGUCACCUUGUUCAUCCAGUCCCUCGACUCUGUCCCCAUGCCCAUGCCUGACUUUUUGACUUCACACUGGCCAAAUGACACAUCGAGCAACAAUGCACUGAUUCUUACCAGCCCACACCCAUGGACAUUGAUGCUUUGCACGUUUCAUUCAACACUAAUCGUCCACACAAACAAAACCAACAUCAGCAACAAUCUCAGUACCAACAACAACAGCACCAACAACACCAACAAUCUACUGAUUGCCCUCUCCUCUGAGCCUACACCAAAGAAGGCUUCCCCAUCUGCGAUUACUACUGGAUUGCUGGUCACUGAACAAUCAAUUGUCACACACACUUUUCCUCUCCACCCAACCCAUGACAACAAUCUAGCAAUCACUCCACCUGGCAUCAAUCCCACUGACUGCACCACACUACCUUCCCUACAAGCCCAAUUCUUUUAUCAGAAUCUUUCUCACCCUCCCACCAUCAAUGCCCUUAUCCCCUUGCUUUCUUCCCUGUCCCUUCGCCAGUCCCCCACUACCAUCAUACAAGUCGGCCCUCUCACUCUUGAUGCUCUCAUCAACACCGGCACUAACCUAUCUAUCAUUAAGUCCAACAUCGUUGCCCAACUUGGCCUACCUAUUGAUCAUUCCCAAAAACAACGCUUUCACACCAUCAUGAACGAAUCCCAUUGCACUCUAGGUGUCACCUAUCUUUCUAUCUUUGGUGUCUUGCUUCCAUUCCAUGUUCUCAACAACGUUCAUCACAACAUUCUGCUCAGAUGGAACAACCUAUCUACACUUGGUGGCAUUAUCCACGAUUCACCCCCAUCUAUUGUCUAUCACCCUCCUGGCCACCCCACCAUUGCUUUACCUUUGUCUCUGUCUUUGUUGGUGCCCGCCAUUGAUCAAGCCACCAUUACUUUUAACACUGUCUACCCCACACCCACUCAUCUCUUUGACUCUACCAUUGAUGCUGGUGAUUCUUUGCCCAUGCUUGUUUCCCCUUGCCACUUCAGGCGAGACAUUAAUGACACCCUUGACAAACAUGAUUCUUUAUCCCAGCACAAUAUCCAACAACCUACUCUAAGCCAUGUUCCCUUGGUCCACAUGGCCCUUAAAUACUUUAACCAUCUUCCUCAUAAACUCUCCAACUACCACUACAACGCAUCUGUCCACCCGGCUCUCAAUAAUACACCCUUAAUUUUAAACAGCAGGAGUGACGCCCAGGCCAUAUCCGCACAAUUACCACCCAAAGAAAACCUCAGACAGAAGACAGACUGA